UUUCUGCUCACCUGAGAGAAUCAAAGUUAAGCCCAAGUAUUAGAAGUAACAUAAAUUCGCCUUCCUACAGAAUCUGUCAAGUCCCCAUCCCAAGAUGUCCUCGGAAGAAAUGAAAAACCUCCACCUGGACGAACGGCACCUGCAGCCAGAAACCAAAGAAGUGAAUGGGAUCCUCAUGUCCAAGAUGAUAAGUGAUAAUUGGGACAAAAUCUGGAACUUCCAAGCAAAGCCUGACGACCUCCUCAUUGCGACCUAUGCAAAGGCAGGUACCACCUGGACACAGGAAAUUGUGGACAUGAUCCAAAAUGAUGGGGAUGUGCAAAAGUGCCAGCGGGCCAACACCUUUGACCGCCACCCUUUCCUCGAGUGGACUUUGCCUCCACCCCUCAACUCGGGUCUGGAUCUGGCUAACAAAAUGCCUUCACCUCGAACCCUGAAGACUCAUCUGCCUGUUCAGAUGCUGCCACCUUCCUUCUGGAAAGAAAACUCAAAGAUUAUCUAUGUGGCCAGAAAUGCCAAGGACUGCCUGGUAUCUUAUUACCAUUUCUCAAGAAUGAAUAAAAUGCUGCCUGACCCUGGGACAUGGGAAGAAUAUGUUGAAACAUUCAAAGCUGGAAACGUGUUGUGGGGCUCCUGGUAUGACCAUGUAAAGGGAUGGUGGGAUGUGAAAGACCAACACCGCAUUCUCUACCUCUUCUAUGAAGACAUGAAAGAGGACCCAAAGAGGGAAAUUGAGAAGAUAGUAAAAUUCCUUGAAAAAGACAUAUCAGAGGAAGUUCUAAAUAAAAUCAUCCAUCAUACCUCCUUUGAUGUAAUGAAGCAAAACCCAAUGGCCAACUAUACCACUCUACCCACCAGCAUCAUGGACCACUCAAUCUCUCCUUUCAUGAGGAAAGGGAUGCCUGGAGACUGGAAGAACUACUUUACUGUGGCACAAAGUGAGGAUUUUGAUGAAGACUACCGGAAGAAGAUGGCAGGGAGCACUAUUACUUUCCGCACAGAGAUCUGAGAGCAAUGGAGUUGGGGGAGGGGACUAGAUUUUCUGACUAUUUUUUUUAGCCAUUUUAAGCCUCAUGUUAAAAUAUAUUUAACACCUAUUCCUGAGCUGUUGCCCAAUUCUGUAGGUCCUAUCAUACUAUGUCAUCAAAAUGUAGCCAAACCCUGUAUAGAACAAUUUCUGUUACAGCAUGUGAUUGUUCUUAGUGACACCUACCACACAACCAUGUACUUUAAUGUUUUUAGGCAAAACACAUGAAUAGACAUACAUGAGAAAAGGAUAUCAACAUAUGAGAGUAAAUAAGAAAAGCAAAGAGUAAGAAGUGAGCACUGAGCAUAAAUGGAAGGAUAGUAGUUUUCUUAUCAACUGUCUUUGUUGUACAACACUGU